AUGGCCGCAGCAGCGAAAGGAAAAAUCCUUGCUGUCAUAGGAGAUGAGGACACUGUGGUAGGAUUCCUUCUUGGUGGAGUUGGAGAGCUAAAUAAGGCGAGGAAGCCGAACUAUUUGAUUGUGGAUAAGCAUACUGGAGUUCAAGAAAUUGAAGAGGCCUUCAGGUCGUUUGUUGCUCGCGACGAUAUUGCCAUCAUCCUUAUUAAUCAACACAUUGCGGAAAUGAUCAGAUAUGUGGUUGAUCAGCACACGGCAUCUAUACCAGCAGUUGAUCAGCACACGGCGUCUAUACCAGCAGUGUUAGAAAUUCCUAGCAAGGAAGCUCCAUACGAUCCUAGCAAGGCAAGCUUUGCUGCCCAUUUCUCGGAUAGUAUCCUCAACCGAGCUCGUGGUCUUUUCAACCCGGAUGACUUCCGUUAG